UAUUAAGUAUGUGAUGAUAUGAAUUCAAUUUAAACAUCUAAUUUAGGGUGCUUGUUGUGGAUGGUCUAAGAUGUGAAAGUGGUGACUCAUUCCUCUAUGCCAAUCCCCAUUGUUUAAUUUGAGUCAUUUAUUUGUAUAGAGACAAUAUUUAUUGAGACAAGGCAUAGAGACAAAACAUUUAUUGAGAUUUCUUCUUUUCUUACUCAAAACAUUUACCGAGCGGUUAUAUAACAUUUGAUGUCAAAGUUUUGAAAAUCUCUACAUGCAUUGGUGUGAUUGUCUUAGUCUUAUCUUGAAAACUACUCUUGAGCUAUCAGUGUCUACAUUUACAUGAUGAUGGUUGUGCGUGGAUCAGAAAGGAGGAACGUGAAAUGGGUAAUUCCCGGAAGAUCAAGGGUUCUGAUAAUUUCUCUUCUUCUUCUUUCAUCUUAUGUUACUUCUUCUCAUCAAUACACCGACCAAAAAACAACACCACCAUCCAAUGAGACCAAAGGGGAUCAUGCUAAAGUUUUUUAUAAACACACUUGGCCGGGGAUGAAAUUUGGUUGGAGAAUAAUAGUUGGCACCAUACUUGCAUUUCUUGGAUCUUCAUUUGGGACGGUGGGAGGUGUUGGUGGGGGUGGCAUUGUUCCCAUGCUUACCCUUAUUAUUGGAUUCGAUGCAAAAUCAGCAACAGCAAUAUCAAAAUGCAUGAUUACAGGUGGAGCAGGAGCAACUGUUUUAUACAACUUGAGGCAAAGACACCCAACACUUGACCUGCCUGUGAUUGACUAUGAUUUAGCACUUCUUUUUCAACCAAUGUUAAUGCUUGGAAUCAGUCUUGGUGUUGCUUUUAAUGUCAUUUUUCCUGACUGGAUGAUAACAUCUUUGAUACUAAUAUUUUUCACAGGCAUUUCAGUUAAAGCUUUUUUAAAAGGUGUUAACACCUGGAAAAAUGAAACUCUUGCUAAGAAGGAAGCUAGAGACAAUUCACAAUUAAAUGAUAUUAGAAGGAUUGAAGAUGUUGAACUUGACCUUCAAGCAGGGGAAUCAGUCAAUGAUAAUCAUACUAAUACCAAUAUACAAAGGAAAAAGGUUUCUGUUAUUGAGAAUGUUUCUUGGAAGGAAGUUGGACUUCUCUUCUUUGUUUGGAUCAUGAUACUUGCAUUACAGAUAGGAAAAAGUUAUACAAUAACUUGCUCUGUGGCAUAUUGGAUAUUGAAUCUACUUCAGGUACCUAUAGCUGUAGGAGUAAGUUCAUAUGAGGCUGUGCUUUUAUACAAAGGGAAAAAAGUUAUAGCUUCCAAGGGAGAUCAAGGAAUAAAUUGGAGUGUGAAGCAGUUAAUUCUAUAUUGUUCAUGCGGCAUAAUUGCUGGCUUAAUUGGUGGCUUACUUGGUCUUGGUGGAGGAUUUAUCUUAGCGCCACUCUUCCUUGGACUUGGAAUCCCUCCUCAGGUAUCAAGUGCUACAUCCACUUUUGCAAUGACAUUUUCUGCAUCUAUGUCUGUGGUGGAAUAUUACCUUCUGAAACGUUUUCCCAUUCCAUAUGCUCUUUACUUUGUAGUUGUAGCCACUGUUGCUGCACUUGUUGGGCAACAUUUGGUGAGAAAGCUUAUUGUCUUAUUAGGGAGAGCAUCAAUUAUCAUUUUCAUCUUAGCCCUCACAGUUUUUGUGAGUGGAAUAUCACUAGGUGGAACAGGCAUAGCAAGUCUGAUUAAAAGGACUGAAAACAAGGAGUACAUGGGAUUUGGAAGCCUAUGUGCGUACCGUGUCAGGAAUUAAAGUUAAAUAUAUAAAACGAGUAGAGAUUUUUACUUCGCAAGAGUUGUGAGGUUGGGAUAGUAUAAAUCAGCUGCAUCAUCUACUUAGUAUUUUAGAACUAUUUCAUAUUGAGGAUUCAUCUUAACAAUGAUGUGUCGAAUUUUUCUUACAUGGAAUGGUUGAAUUGUAUGAUAGGUGAAUACACAAGUUGUGAG